AUGAACAGGACGUCUCUAUCCGACUCCACCUUGACGGAUUCAUCUAGUGGAUUCGCAGCUAGAACACUAGGACUGCCGUACCGCAAUGCCCGAGGUGCGUUUAUGGCCAGGAGAACUCAACCUGUGGUCGAAGAGAUCCUGCAGUUGAUGGAUGCCAGAAAUCGGAAGAAUGAGCAAGUGGUCAUGGAUCGCAUUUUGAACAACAAAUUGGAGCGGGAUAAGCUGCCGGAGAAUACUCCGCUGCCCAUAUAUCUGGCCCAUCGGGAGCCCCGAAGUCCGAGUCCACCAAGCCGGUGGGAUAAAAAGCGGUCUAAAACCCCAAAAGAGUAUCGCAAAUUAGCCAGGCUGCUAGAAGCAUCAGCCGCAUCAGCAGCAACAGCAGCAGCACUUCAGUUGUGUUUGGACAACGGCAACAAUGGCAACUGCAACAGCAACAAACAGCAACAAGCGGCAAUGACUUGGCCAAAAGCCAUUGGCAGUUGGUGCUAA